AUGUCCUGCUACGACCUCUGCCCCAGCCCCAGCGGCAUCGCCUGCCCUCAGCCAGUGGCCAACAGCUGCAACGAGCCGUGUGUGCGCCAGUGUCCCGACUCCACCGCCCUCAUCCAGCCUCCCCCGGUGGUCGUCACCUUCCCCGGCCCCAUCCUCAGCUCCUUCCCGCAGCAGGCCGUGGUGGGAUCGGCUGGAGCCCCGGUUUUUGGUGGCUCUCCGGGUUAUGGGGGUGUCUACGGCUCCGGGGUUUUCCCGGGGUACGGGGCUCGCUCUGGUUACGGCAUCUCGGCGCUGGCCGGCGGCUCCUGCGGCCCCUCGGGGUCUCGGCGCUUCAGUCGCCUCCUCCGCGGCUCCUGCGGGCCCUGCUGA